GAGGGGGACCGAGAGUGGGAGCUUAGAACGGGGCAAUUAGGGACAGAGGCGCCGGAGUGAGGAGCCAUUACUCGGCGAGGGAACCCACUGGCCCGCCUGUGGUCGACAGGGCGCCGGAGAAAGCCCUCGGUAAGAGAAGAGAAGAGGAUCGCACCGCAUCACCAUGGCUGACUGUCACGUCCCAUCGCCUGCUCGAAGGGUCCAGUUCAAAGAACCAGAAUGUGACGACUUCAACUUCAAGCAGCCCUUUGUUUCAAAGCCGGAAUCUAAUGAGCCGCCGAAGGAUCUCAAUUCAUCUCCGACUCGUAAGGUCCUGCUUAAGGACAGCGAGUUCGACUGUCUCAACCAGUUCAUCGCUUCAAAGCCCGAUUCUGGUGCUGUAACUUGUGAUGGUCAAAACCCGCUGCCCAUCCCAAAUAAUGAAUCUGAAGAGUGCGAAGCGAACAAUCGACCCAUUGCUCCAAAGGCGGACUUCGAAUACCCCGCGUAUGAUGAUCCCUGUGCGCCAAACACUGGAAUGGAUGGAUUUAGAACCUCAGUCUGCGACGACUUCAGCACAUCUAUCGCUCCAGCUGUUGUUGGCAUUAAGGACUCCAUCUGUGACAACUACUGUUUCACUCCAGGGGAGCCUUUGGGAGAUACGUUGCGUGAUGAUUUCAACCCUUCCACUUCUUUAAUAGUUCCAUUGGAUUCCAUAUGUCACGACCUAAAAUCAGGCCUUGAAUGCAAAGACGCAAGUGGUGAUCUCACGCAAUCCUAUGCUCCACAUGUUGAGGAUAAAAAGGAAACGAGAUGCGACGAUCCUAUUCCCGUCCGCCCUCCAACGACAAAGGAUAAGAAGCUGUGGAUUCCCUGUGCGAACCCUGGCAACCCUGUCUUUUCCUGCAUGGAAAAGAUCCCAACGUCGCCACAAUCCCCGGCUCCAUUCGUGAAACCCCAGAAUCCGCUGUUCAGAACAACCUCUGCCGAUUAUGGAUCCAAUGAACCGACUUGUGACAUUGCACCCUCUGUCUACAAACCGCUGUCGCAGUCGUUCUCGCAGGCGCUCCAAGCCGGUGGGAUGUAUCGUAACAGCUCCCUGAACACUACGUCGGAUAAGAAGAGAAUUCACGAUUUACUCGCGCUUUGACUUUCUGCCCCCGUACAGUUCUUUAUUAGUUACUAUAGUAAGACAGUGAAGACAAAUGUUCCCUUUUUCUUUCAAUGGCAGAUUUUGGAAGAGAAUGGUAUAUAACCAGAUGGAAUUUGAGACUCUUGGGAUGUGUGUGUGUGUAGAAAACAAAAACAAUUUGAUCGUUUGUAUAUUUAAAAAUAAUUUUCUGUGGUAAUAUGCCCGUCUAUAAUAUAGAUUUUUUUUCAGACAUUUACUGUGACUUUUUUUUCAUUUGCAUUCAUUUAGCAUUUUACAUUUGCAGAUAAAGGAAUCGAAUCAUGGAAAAUUUAAAACCCGAGGCUAUUCA